AUGGAGGCACGAAAGCAAUCGGAAGAUCUGAGGCGAAAUUCAAGAAAGCAACAACGGCCGCAACAAGAGGCGAUGGGAAAGAAGUAUCAACUAGUUGACGAAGAAUCAAAAGUUGACAUAGAAGAAGAACAAACUCAUGAAGAUGCAGCGAUGGUUCGCGUUGAUGCUGAAAAUGAACUUGAAGCCGCCGACGAUGAAUCUGAUGGAAUUCCGUCCGAUGUUGGUGAACUAGAUGAGAAGCACUGUCCUUCAUGCCGUAAAAGUUACGGUACGAAUCGUGUAUUAAGAAAUGAUCCGAACAUGGACUCUAUUAUUGAAGUGGUGAUUGGAGAUAUCGGGAAAUAUGAUAGAGAGGUCCUUAACAAUAAUGCAGAAGAAGUACACCAACGACAGCCGGUUAAUGUAACUGAAGUCCUUAAUGAUAUAGGCAAUACUUCUACUGGUAGAUCUGUAAAAAGGUCAUCUAAUGGACAACAAAAUGCUCAUGCAAGAAAAAGAACCCACAGAUCAAGAACCCUAAAACGUUAUGCAAACCAAAAUGAGAUUGACCAUGAUCCAGUUAUCCAGAAUGAGCAUCAACAGGACCAAGUGAACAAAAAUGAGACCAACUGUAACGAGGGUGAUGAAAAGAAAGAGGAUAAUGAGAUUAUGGAAGAGAUCAAACAACUGAAGUCCAAAAAAUUGAAAAGAUUUUCUCAAGAUUCUUCUACAGACACCGAUAUUGAAUAUGGCGAACGGAAUAUUUCUGGUGGGGUGGUGUCGAAUACUGAAACUCCGUCAUCGGGUGGUGCUGCAGCCAGGUUUCAUCGAAGUCUGAGUGGUGCUAGGAGAAUCAGGAAUACCCGUCUCACAAAACUAGCCAAACAUCUCCGUCUUCGCGAACAAAAGAAGAAGAAAAAUGAUCAGGUAUUAUCUUUCAAGAUUUAA